GAAAACGUCGAAAACUUACAUUGCAUCACGUUCUGACUACAUGCUGUUCUCUCUUUCUACGCGGAUGACAGAUGGUGGCGAGAUGAAUAAUAUAAACAUGUUUAUUAUUGUUUCAGAUUCUGCAACCGAUACAACCCGCUUUUCCUAUCGGUACUUAUGGAAUCAAGUAUUUUUUCGUACAAAUAGGUUGUAUAGUACAGCUUCUUUGAGUGAUUAAUAGACCGAAGCCCCGGAGGAACAUCUACAACCAAUAACCAAGUUAGUGUAUGGUAAGAUGGAAAUUAAUGUGGAGGCAUUACGUGAGGCGAUCGUUUCCGUAGCAAAUUUGAAGCCAAAGGAUAUCACGCUUGCCAAGCUCGAAGAUUGUUUGCAAGCUUUGAAAUGCUUCCCGUUGGUAGAAACAAACUGCUCCGACAGCCUGUGGAAAAUCAGCGUCCAAUACUGUACUCUGUUGACAGAAUUUGCCGACAAGGGGCUCGUGGAAAAGCAGAAUGAAUCGGUGGAAAGCGAAGAGGUGAUAAAUUUGCACGACCAAGCUCACUUUCUUACGACGAUCGAUCUCGUACGACAAUUCACCCUUCAUCUUUAUUUGCCACGCGAACUACGAGGAUUAUCUAACUGCGAAAGCCAACUGAUGGUUGUUGUAGAAGAAAAUGAACGAGUUCGAAGACUUGCGUUCUGCAUUGAACAUUUUCAACGGUUGUUUAAAAAGAAAAUGCUUGCUGUACAUCCACGACUAGCGGAUACAGUUAUCGAUUUCAUCGCCGGUUGCUACAGCCUUUCCAAGGCAAGUUUAAUGGAAAAAUGGAAACAGUUUGCCUUUCCCAAGGAUCUCAUCUUUCGCAGCCUGCUGGUGAUAAAAGGCUCCGCCGGCCUGCCGGUAGAACUUGCUAAAGUGUUACAUAUAGAUUUGUUAUACCUCACAGGAGAACCGGGAGGAUUCUCUGCGCUAUGCAAAACCUUACUUUCAGUGGGCGAAACAAACGAAAACAUUCCUUCGUGGCAAAAAAGCGAGGUAGUUGCGAAAAUCGUAAGCAGCAAAGGACAUACGAAGAAAUUCUACCGGCAAGUGCUGACGGAUUGUUUCGAGUUCUAUCACUGGGCCGCUCAAACAGGCACGGAAGAAGCGUCAACAUAUGCAGCAACGUGUAUAGAAUGUUUGAAACGUUUCUGCCAACUGCCGGCCCCAUAUCGCGAACUGCACGUACGCAUUGAGGAAUAUUUUUUUGGUAACUUUCAAGAGCUCGCCGCCCCGAAAGAGCUUGUGACGGGAUUCGUGGUUCAUGAGCGAAUAACAUUGCUGAGCAAUUUGCACGAAUGCAGUCUGGCGUUCACGGGAUCUACGUUCACAGCCUUGCCAUCGGCUUUGCUUGUACCAUAUUUACAUCUUUUGUUAAAGCUGAUCUCUAUGCUUCCAUCCACAUUCGACGAACGAACGUAUCUGCACAGCAUGAUCAUAUUUUGUUUGUCGAAUCGAUCUAAAUCGGAAUUGGAACAAAUAGUAAUGUCUCUCUUGCUUAAUCACCCAGAGGAUGAGGUUGGUAAAUAUUUGCUUCAUCCAAGAAUUGUUUUAAAACACGUCGCGAAUGACAACAACUACGCUUUACAAAUUGGUCCUGCGAACGGCGCUGAUCCUGAGGGCGAUAAUCUUCUGCCAAUACUGAUUGAUGUGCUGAAGUCAUCUAACCGGAAUCUACUACUGUACGAUGUGUUUCUUAUAUUGCUAAACCAACUUAUGACCGGUGUAUGGGCAGACAACUCCGUUGAGACACCUGAUCAGCUGUUAGAUUCCGUUGAGCGUGACGGUUUGCUGUGCAAACGGUUCCACCAAAAAUACGUUCUCAUUCAAUCGCUGAUGGAGCUUAUCAACCACAAACACUUCCAUUCGCAAUUGUACGACAAUCCAGGGGAAGUUUUGAACAUAUUAAAUGUUUCGCUCACGAAAAUCAUCGAUAAUUCUAACGCGUCAGACACUGGUGGCAGCAGUACCGACCUCCUGGAGAUAGUACUGUCCGUCUUUCAAGAAUUUCUUCAACGUAUUCGUAAUCGACAAGAGGUAGAAGGCAUUUUGAAGCUUCUUCGUCGUUAUCGUAAAUCAACGAACUGUAGUGAGCCAAUGGCCGUCCAAAUCGAUCUGCUUUGUAACGAAACAUCAACUAGCGAGCAUGGUGAACUAUCGGAGUCGGCCUGCCAAAAUGCGUUAAACCUUUGCUCAGAUCAGCAACCUUACUGUAAGGUGUACGGUACGACCUUGCUGCUAAAGUUACUGAAAGAACGCGAUCCUGAAACGUAUGUCCAGCGGCAUAAAAUCCUUAUACUGGCACUGGUGAACCUGCGCGAUGAGGAAAGUUACGCUUUCCUUAACUCAGUACGCUUGCUUGUGGCGCUUUGCGAUGUCCUAGAGGCGGAAGUUAUCGACUCGCUUGUAAAGGAGUAUCUUAACGAUGAAAAUGAUACAGAUUACCGUCUUAAAAUAGGCGAAGCAACUGUAAAAACAGUCGAAACGUUAGGUCCUUUGGCGGUACGGUAUCGCGAUACACUGCUGAACUGUUUUCUCACCAGCACGCGAAAUGCUGUGGACGAGUUCCGUACCUCGAGCCUGUCGAAUGUUGGCAACAUUUGUCGUAUUCUUUCCUACCAAGUGCAUCAUUUUUUCUACGAGCUUUUCACAUGCAUACAAUCGAUCGUAGAUACGGAUCGUUACCUUCCUGCUAGAAGAGCUGCAAUACUGGUGCUUUCACAACUACUGGAAGGAAUCGAUAAUUUGAUGGAUUUUCAGGAGUAUUUAUUGUUGAUUUAUCGAUUUUUGAAACAUGUUAUCACAACCGACAAUGAUGACGUUACCAAGCUCCAGGCGGCCGUAGCAUUGGAUCAUUUAAAGACAAAAACGAAAGAUUUUCUUCAGAUAAACCCAGAUGAGAUGGAAAGACGCAUGUUUGGAAGAGUUAUUUGAGCGCUUAUAUAUAUACAUUUU